AUGAAGAGAGUGUCAACAUCAGUUUUUGGUUUGGGAGUUCUGUUGCUCCUCACAGUUGCAGCCAUGAAACCAGUGAAUGGAUUUAGCUGUAUGGAGGCAAAACUUUCAUUGUUGCAAUGCUUACCUUUUCUGACGAGCAGUCAAGAUAGCCCUUCAACUGCUUGUUGUAAUGCAGUGAGCAAUGUGAGAGCUUCAGCACCUACAAAACCUGAACUUCGUGAGGCAUGUCAAUGUCUCACGGCAGCCGUCGGUGAAGUUCCUAAUCUUGACAAAGAUAGAGCCGUUCAACUUCCUAUACUAUUCUUCACAGUUACUGCCACAAAGCCAUCAAAAGGCUUAACCUGUGAGCAGGAGAAAACCUUAGUGAAGCCAUGCUUAGAAUAUCUAACAAAGAAAACUGAUGCCCCUUCAACUUCUUGCUGCGAUGGGAUGAAACAGAUCAUAAUUUCAUCACCUACGAAGGAAGAAAAACGUGGUGCAUGUAAGUGCCUAAGGGAACAAGGCUCUCAGAUUCCUAACCUAGACAAAGACAGAGCCAAUAAUCUUUGCAAAGAGUGCAAAUUCAUGUCCAGUGACUUGGAUUGCCAAAAGUAA